AUGGCCGCCUUGGACCACUGCAUGGGUCGGAAGCGCACACUAUCCGAUCCAUCCUCUUCAUCACCGUCCCCCAUCAAGCUUGCAAAGACAGCAUCCGCAUGCUCGCUACCGAGCAGUCCCUCAAGCAUACACCUUCCACCACCAUGCUCAGCUACACGUUCCAACAGCACCACGCGCUCCAACGGCGUCGCAUCCGCUUCUUAUGAUUCCGCGAAAUCGUCGUACAUCGAAGCGGCUCCAUUCAGUCCCCGUCCCUUCCCACGAUACGCGCUCGGCAUCCCGCAUCUCCAGUCCCUUCUGCCCUUUCGCGAUGGUCUCGAACUCCUACACGCCUAUCACCAAGGCGUUGGUUGGAUGCAAACCCCUGUAGACCGCACAACCCUCCUCGAAACGCUCGAAGAGGCCGAACGUCACGGUGCCGACUCGAUCCAUCCGCACCGCCUCGCCUGCCUCUUGGCGGCUCUUGCUCUUGGCGACUUCUUCUCAGCGUGCUUCCCUUCGUCUGCAUCGUCGGCCUCUUCACCUAGCAGUAUCGCCCGCUCUUCGUCUACGCGCGGCAGGAUCUGGUUCGGUGUCGCUUCUGCCUGCCUUGCCGGCUCCCGCUCCAACGCCGACCUCAUCCACAAUCCAACGCCCGAGGCCUGCUCAGCUCUCUACCUCAUGUCUACUUAUCUGCUCUGCUCCAACGACGAGCAACUCUUCCACCGCUCACAAGGGCUCACCGGACUAGCGCUCAUUCUUGCCAAGACCAUCCUUGUGCCGUCUUGUGCGCCAACUUCUGGCUCACGCUCCGCAUCGCCGACGGCUAGUCCAUCAAUUGCAAGUCAACGACAUGCCAAGUGCCCUGCAACAUCGUCCAAGGCAGCUGACACUGUGGUUCAAGAUCGUCUCCACUGCAACAAGCUCCUUAGCGACCUCAUCUUCCAUCUCCGCUCCCAGAUCCUCACCUUUGCACCGCCAUCUUCCACUACACAGCCGCCCUCCUCGCCAAAGUCCGCCCCCUCCCUAGCCGAUUUCCCCGACCUACCCAGCAUCCAAGCCAUCUGGACCGCGUACGGCAAUCCGCUCUAUUCUAGCCUCGAUGCGUUCGGCAGCUGCUACAGCCCCAACAUCUUUCACAAUUGGAAGCUCGGUCUGGCCGAUCUCAUGCAUCAAGUCUCCACUCUCACCAGUCAGUCUAGGUCGCCAGAUCAUCUCGAAGCGCAUAGAUGCAUGCCAGGCGGUCUUCCUGCACGCACCUCGAGCCCGACGGUAGCAGAGCAUGGCAGGAGCCAAAGCGAAGUCACGCUCCCAGAGCACUGUCAAGUGGUCAAGCUCGAUGAGCGGAUUCGUCGAUAUCACGCCAGUCUGCCGCCGUUCCUCCUUCUGCACAAACCGCUGCCCAUCGAGAUGGCCGGCAAGGUCGACGAGGAUGAGCUCGCACAGAUCAUCUGCCAGCGGCACAUGGCUUGCUCCAUGGUCCAUCGCAUGCUCAUGGCUCUGCAUCGGCCGUGGUUCCUGUCUGCGCUUGCCUAUCGAUCUCGUAUUCUGUGCACGAGGCGCGGACAGCAAGGCACGGAAGCAGAAUCAACAGGAACGGAUGCAUCGGGAUCGGACUGUGAUACAGAGGGCAGCGAUGCAGACUUUGAAGCAUCUGAAACAGGCUCACUGGAACAGCCAUCGACAUCCGCCGUCUUCUCUCUUUCAGCGGUCCUGCGCUCAGCCACUUGGCAGACAGAGACGUUCGCAAGCGCCACAGCCUGUGCGCCCGAGCAAGCCUUGGCCUGGUGGCAGUUCACCAACAAUGCGCUCGCAGCCGCCAUCGUCCAGGCUACAGCGCUUCUCCGCCUCCCGGGUCCGCCAAAGCAUGCCCAGCCGAUGUGCUCGCGGGACGCUUCAGCAAGGCAGCAGAGCAAUUCAGCGCUGCAAAUGCAUUCACAGGUCCGCAACGAUCUCGACAAGAACAUUUGCUCGUUCCAAAGCCUCGCAAAGCGUUGCAAGCUCGCAGCUAAAGCUUUGCCGUUUCUGCAGCGCGUCAGGUCGGCCAUCGACUUGGGCGCCUGCAGCUCAAGACGUGCUUCGUACGCAUGCGAAGAAGCGCUUCAGGGUAGCAUCUCAUCUGCUGGCCUCGGCAGCACACAGAUUUCUUCCAUGCCUUCGCCACCACCCUCGCCCACGGACUUUCAGGCCUCGAAUCGGAUCUCGAGUGAUCCAGUCAGCCGCACGUGUAAUCCCUCCAACAUUCAUAGUCCCAGUUCCCACCAACGCAACAGCAACAGCAACAGCAACAGUAAUAGCAUCAACAGCAUCGCAAACGGAAGUAGCAUCAACAUCGGCAGCAGCAGGAAUGUCAACAGUGCAUCGCAGGACGACGCAACACGCAGCAAUCCGCACAUCAUCAACAGCAACCCGAUAUUCAGCAACAGAUCAACCUCACGCCACCCGGGGCACAGCAUCUCGCCGACCUCCGCGGUCACGCCACAGGCUCGUUCCGUCGGGUCACGGCGCAACUCGAGCGCGAAAUCGGAUCUUGAGACCCUCUUUGGCCCGAUCGCAUCCGGUCUCGAGCUGAACCCUCACCGCGAGUCGACGUCGCCCGUCAAGCCUCUCUAUCGUCAGAGCUUUCUGGAGCCGCUUCCGAGGCCUUCUGGUCUAUCCCGGCCCAGCUACGAUCGAGCUUCGAGCGACGACGCAGGCUCGUCAUCUUCUUCUGAGCGUUUUCCGUAUACGCCCAAGGCAAGGUCACUUCAGCUUGACGCAAAGGCUCAGCCGCAGGCAGGAAUACCAAGCGCUGCUCAAGUGGAGACCAGCGGGACCAGUCGACCCGAGGAAGGGAAGGUGUCGGGCAGGAAGGAGCCAAAUCAGGCCUCAGACCUCGUCCUAGAGUGCAUCCGAUUCUGGCAGCCCGACACGCUCCCCCUUCCAGCAACACACUGA